AUGUCGCACAAGCAACCGCUCGGCUCUCCGCCGCCGCAAGACACGUCGGCGGUGGCACGGCUGCUCGCCGAGUUGCUUCCACCGGACCUCGCGACGUCGGUCCGACGGCACGUGCUGGAUCCCUCGUCGCCUCUGCGGACGGGCGCGCGGCAGGCGGGCGAGCAAGCUCAGGCUCUGCUCGCCGGCCUCAUGCCGCACGUCGCACCCGUCGGCGACUGGGCCCUUCGUGUCAUCGCCGACAACCAGGGCAUCGCGGGGCUCGCCUUGCUGCUGGCCGUCCUGACCGUCGUCGUCGUCGUCAUGAACUGGCUGCGAAGGCUCGUCGUCUGGUGGACCCGUCUCGCCCUGCGGCUGGUCUUUUGGUCCGUCGUCGUCGCCGUCGCCGCCUGGGUCUGGAACAGGGGCGUCGUGGAGAGCCUCGAGGAUGCGCUCGACGUCGGCGGCCGCGUCGUCGGCUACGCCGCCGUCCUCAAGGACGUCUGGCUCGCCGAGUACCACCGAUACGAAAGCCAGCAGAACAGCGGAUACGGGGGCGCGAGCGCGUCCACGCGCGGGCGGGCUGCGCGCUAG